UGGACCCGGCGCUGCCCAGCUGCCGCUUCCUCCUCUGGCGAGCUGCUGCAGCUGCCGCUUCCGCCUGCGGCUGUAGCCCAUGGAGCAGGGAACCGGCCCGGAGAGAGAGCCCCUGCUGCCCCCGCCGCUGGCAGCAGUUCCCGAGCGUGACCGAGGGCUGGGUCGCCUCUCCUCGGGCAGGGACAGUACUGUCCCGGGAGACCUUGGGCACUGCGGCGGGUCGGCGGCCUCCUCUCGCCCUGUCCGGAACGUUAUUGAUGAACAUAAUCUGUACGUCAAGCAAGCUGUAGUAUUCAUUGAAGAUGCAAUUCAGUAUCGUUCCAUAAAUCACCGUGUGGACUCAAACUCCUUGUGGCUCUAUCGGUGGUAUUAUUCAGAAGUUUGCCAAUGGGUUUUGGUUGUUGCCAUUACGCUAAUCCUGGCUCUCCCUUUUGUCGAAAACCCUUCUUCCUUCACUGCUACGUCAGAUGUGCGAUAUCGCUCAAAAGCAUGGGAGCCUCCCUGUGGCCUGACCGAGAGCAUUGAACUGCUCUGUUUCCUUGUCUUUAUAAUGGAUGUCUCAGUAAAGAGUUACCUGAUAGGAUGGGAAGAAUUUCAGAAAACCAAGUGGUUGAUUGCAUAUAUCUGUGUGUUAGUCGUCUCCCUUGUAGACUGGAGUGUCUCGCUAAGCUUUUCCUGUAAUGAGAUUCUGAGGAUCAGACGGAUACUGCGGCCUUUCUUUCUCCUUCAGAAUUCUUCUAUGAUGAAAAAGACACUAAAAAGCAUCAAGAGGACAUUGCCAGAAAUUGCAAGUGUUAUGCUGCUAUUAGCUGUUCACCUGUUUCUCUUUACCAUGUUUGGCAUGCUGCUGUUUGCUCGAACAAAGCAGGACAAAGAAUGGCAAGGGUAUUUUCACAAAUUACCUGAUUCAUUGACUUCACUGCUGGUACUGCUAACGACUGCAAAUAAUCCAGAUGUGAUGAUUCCUGCCUACUCUAAGAAUCGAGCAUAUUGCAUCUUCUUUAUAGUCUUCACAGUAAUUGGAAACUUGUUUCUGAUGAAUUUGCUUACAGCAAUAAUAUACAAUCAGUUUCGUGGAUAUCUUCUGAAAUCGGUACAGUCCUCGCUUUUCCGAAGACGAUUAGGAAUCCGGGCUGCAUUUGAAGUUCUUUGCUUUGUGAAAGAAAUUUCUGUCAACAAAAAUGUCUUGCGUGUCCCAUCUGAAGCCCUAGCUGAAGUUCUCCAGAAAGUAAAAAUGGAUUCCUAUUGCAAGAAAGCAAUCACUGGGAAGCUUGAGUCGUAUCCUCCAGGAGGAUUGUCAGCUGCUCAGUUUCAGACACUCUUUGAUGAACUUGAUAAGCACAAAGUUAAAGAGCAUCCUCCCUGUCCAGAUUAUCAGUCACCUAUUCUGCAGAUGGUUCAGCUUGUCUUUGGUCAUCGCUACUUUGGGUAUUUAGGGAAUGCCAUUGCUCUUGCAAAUGUUUUCUCUGUAUGUGUGGUCCUGGUAAUAGAUGCAGAUAAAUCACCUGCCCUAUGGGAUGACUUCUUUUUAGGGGUUAUCAAUUGUGUCUUCAUCUUUUACUACAUUCUGGAAAUGUUGCUGAAAAUAAUAGCUUUGGGAUUAAGCCGGUAUUUAUCAUAUCCAAGCAACUUAUUUGAUGGGCUGCUCACUGUAGUUCUGAUGGUUUUAGAGGUGUCAAUAUUUGCUGUAUACGGAUUUCCUCAUCCAGGCUGGAGACCUGAAAUGUUGGGAUUGUUGUCAUUGUGGGACAUGGUCCGUCUGGCAAACAUGCUGAUUGUGUUCAGAUUUUUGAGGAUUAUCCCCAACAUAAAGUUUAUGUCUUUAGUUGCCAGUACGCUGCUGCAUCUGGUAAAAAAUAUAAGAAUCUUUGCAGGGAUCUUGGUGGUGGCUUUCUAUGCAUUUGCCAUAGUUGGCAUGGAGUUGUUUAGGGGCACCAUUCCUUCCCCAGGCAAUAGCAGUCUUGUCAACACAACCGCUGGCAAUGCCACUUUCCAGUGUGGCACAUAUGAACAGCUUCAGUAUUGGCCAAACAACUUUGAUGACUUUGCUGCAGCACUGGUGACCCUGUGGGACGUGAUGGUUGUGAACAACUGGCAGGUUUUCUUGGAUGCGUAUUCCAGAUACUCAUCUCCAUGGUCAAAAUUGUACUUUGUCAUCUGGUGGCUGAUUUCCUCUGUCAUUUGGGUCAAUCUGUUUGUUGCCUUACUUCUGGAGAAUUUUAUUCAUAAAUGGGAUCGCCGGUGCCAACGACCACCUCUCUCAGAAGUGGAAUACCAGAUGACGAUGGAACUCCUGUUCCAGGAUGUUUUGGAAGAACCUACAGAGGAAGAGUUGAUUGCCGAACUUCAGCAGCAUCCACAUAUGCACCUACAUAGAUGACCCAUAGCUGGAAACAGCAACAUACCUGGCCAUACCUGCAUGCAGGUUUUAUAGCCUAAAGAAAGACAUGGGACAUGUUGUCACUUUUGAACGUUGCCUGUUAACACAGGGUAUUUAAAGAUUGCUAUGUGUUCAUUUAAAAGUUUUUAAAAAGAAAAUUUGACAUCAUGUUAAGUUGACUUUUAUGGAAAUGAGCUGGAGUUGUCACUUCAAAAUCUGACCAAUGAUGUCGCAGAGCAAUGAACAAUUUUUAAUAAAGGGAAAUCUAUCAAUGAACUUGCACUUUACAAUGGAAACUGUGGAAGUUGUAUAAUUAUGCUUCUGGCUUGUGGCUAACAUUAAAAACUAAACAGACAAAAAGCAAACCCUGUAAAUAGAUGAAGUUCCCUUUCUGGUAUUUUUCUGUUGUUUGCUGUGCUAAAGGCAGUGCCUUAAUAUUAGGGAAAUGAUCUGGUAAGUGCCUGACCUCAAAUAAGAGAAAGUUUAAUGCUAAAUUUGGGGACUGAAAUAAGAGACUGUUACCUGACAAUUGUUAAAAACAUAGUUUGUUCCAGAGUGACAAGUCUAUAUUAGAAGGAACAAGAGCACAGUGUGGUUCAUAACAUUGGUCCAAGCUUUCCCAGUACUUGUGGUCAUGUGUGUGUGUCUGUGCAAUAAACUACAAGGUAUGAAUAGGAGCAAAGGCUCUCCCCUACCCUGCAGCAUGUUACUGUACACUAAGCACAAAAAGUCCAGUUCAGAUCAAGGAGGGUGUGUGGGGGGAAGGGGAAGGAACAGGGGGUUUGCAUACUUUGCUUCCCCCCCCCCCCCGCAAGCUGGUUGAGCCAAAUCAGCCCCUGCCCUGCAGUUUACAUUGGCCAAAUUUACUUCAUUGAUAAAGAAUCGCUGUUUGGCAAUAGACAUUUUACUAUAGAGAAUAAAAGAGAACUAUAUUUGAAGUAACAUGUAGCUUUGCCUUGUUGACCUGGUUUGUGUACAAUAACGGGUCAUUUUGGGUUAAUUUCCCUGUGGGUUUGUCACCAUGGUGCUGGCCACCAUUUUGAAAAUGCAGGCAGUGGUAGGACAGGCUUCUUUGCUUGUUGUUACGUGCAAACCUGGCCAAGAGGAGUUGUUGAGGUGAGGAAGAAACCACCCAGAAGCCAUGACCUACCUGUUUAAGGUUAUGGGUGGUUUCUUAAAAUGUGGGAUCUUGAUGAUGUUUCAAGCUGUGCCAGUCCAGAACUGUAAUGGUCACCUUUAUGAAGACUAAUUCUUAAAAUCAUGAUAGGAGAAUCUGAAGUUAGCAGAUUAGACUAAUGCAAAACCAGUUCCAUUUUACAUUUUAAAAAUAAAAAUUCAAAAUGAUGUGCCAUCAAAUAAUAACAGAAUGGCAGCAAUAAAACCCCAGGCAUUUUACUAGUAGGAUAACAUUUAUUUUGUAUAGGCCAUUUCAGUACAGACUCUGUUGUGCAGGAAUGAUCUGGUUCCUGGUGUACAAAAGACCUAGGUAUUCAAGCUAUCCCUAAAAAUACAGCCAUGAUUUGAGCACUAAGAAUAGUUCAUUACUUGGAUGAACACAAUAAAGACAGCAGUAGUUUGAUUCUAAUUGCCUUUUUAUUGUCCAAAAAUCCAUACCAUUCUUUAUCUGAAUAUUUAACUAUUCUUUAUAAAUACUAUGAACAUUCUUAUGUACCCUUAAUAUCAGUUGGGUCUCCAACUGUAUCCCCAUUGUCUCAUUUCAUCUACAUAUUUUGUGUUUGUUACGGAGUCAUUUGGCAAGUACAGUAUUGUCCAGUUACUGGUGCAAUAUAAAUAAAAUUUUCUCAUGCUCUGGAAUAUUUUUAUAUAGAGAAGCCACUAAAGUAGUAUAUAUUUUAUGAAUUUUUAUGCACUGAAUGUGCUCCAGAAAUGUCUUGUAAGAUGGGUCAGUACACAUCAUAAUUUAAAAGCACAAACAUUUGUAUGUAAUUAAUGUUAAUGCAGUAAAAUAUUUUUGAGAC